AAUACCUCAGACUUUGAAACAUAGAAACAGAGUAAGGAAAUAGAAUGAACCUGAUUAACAUUAUUUUGGUUCUCACGCAGUCUAGGUCUCUUAUAGUUUGCUUAGUAAGCUCUCUGUUUAACAAGAUAUAUAUGAAGAAGCACAUAAUACUAUUUAUCCUGCUUCAACAAAUAUUUCUUUGAUGCAGUUAAUUUUCUGAACUACAUAUGAUUUAUCUCUUUAAAGCUUAGAAUUUUUCUUAGAACGAAGGCAUUAGGGCUUUUUUAUUUUUGUUUUUUCAUAUUCCCAUAUUCUUGUACCUUGCUAGUGUAGCCAGAGUAUUUUCUUUGAUUUUGUUGCAUAAAUAAGCUGUUGUAUAAAAUCUAACUGCACUCAUAUACAUUUAUUUGCUCUGUGUUCAUCCCUCUUGCUUGUAAGUUAUAAAUCUGUUGACUUGAGUGACUUGGAGUUGUUUUUAAUUUCCAUAGUAUUCCACAGUAUUACAGAAAGUAGAAAUGAGCAUUAUUGUUUACUCAUCAGUGCAGUCAGUGAAUUUGGUUUCGUUACUAAAGACAUCCAUGCUUUUCUAAUGAUACAUGUAAUCUUUAUUUGUUGGGUUUUGCUGCCAGAAAUGUGACUGGCUCCACAUCUCUCCAUGCGUUCAGACAGGCAUAAAAUAACACAGGCUGGUGAGCAAGUAUGGUGUUUCUUCUGCCCAUGACUCUCAAUCUUCUGUGACCUUAUAUUUUAUUGUAAUACUUGCUGACUUGACAUACUUAAAUGCUAUUCACUGAAAUAUUAGAAUUUCCAGAACAUUUAGAUGGUUUAUGAGUCAAUGGAAUAGAAUAUUUUGAAUAUGGUUACCAUACCUGUGUAAGAUGCAGCAAUGAAUUACUGUUUUUUGCUUGGAAGAUAAAGCAAAUCCUUGCCAUUUGGAAAAGAUGCACCAUUUUAGCAAUAUAUUUUGUGAAUAAAAUAGAAACCUCACUUUUAAAAAUGGCAGUCACUUUCUUUCCUUUGGCUGCCAUCUUAGAAAUGAGGUUUCCAUUUUAUUUCCAGCAGAAUAUGUACAAAAGUCACAAGAGAGCACACCUAUCAUAUUCUCUAAGAUGACAGGUAAAGAUCAUGAUAAAUGUUGGUGGGGAUGUGGGAAAACUGGGACACUGAUACAUUCUUGGUGGAGUUGUGAACUGAUCCAGUUAUUCUAGAAUCUAGCGAGUAAUUUGGAACUUUGCCUAAAGUGCUGUAAAACUGCAUAUGCUUUGAACCAGCAGUGCCAAUACUACUCUUUUGGGUCUGUUUCCCAAAGAGACAACACAAGGGGAAAAAGUAAAAAGUAGCUGUUCUUUUUGUGGUGGCAAGGAAUUGGAAAUUCAGGGGAUGCCUCUCAAUUGGGGAAUGGCUGAAUAAGUCAUGAUAUGUGAAUGUAUUGGAUGUUAUUGUUCUAUAAGAAAUAAUGAACAGGCUGAUUUCAGAAAGGCCUGGAAAAAUUUACAUGAACUAAUGCUGAGUGAAGUAAGAAGAGUCAGGAGAACAUUGUAUAGAGUAAAAACAAGGUUAUGUGGUGAUCAGCUGUGAUGAACUUAGCUCUUUUUAGCAAUACAGUGAUCCAGAACAAUACCGAUAGAUUUGGGAAGGAAAAUGUCUUUCACAUACAGACUGAAUAUGGAUUGAAAUAUAGUAUUUUCACCUUAUUUUUUUUGUUGUUGUUUGUAUUUUUUCUCAUGAUUUUUCCCUUUUGUUCUGAUUUUUCUUUUACAACGUGACUAAUAAAGAAAUAUGUCUGAAAUGAUUGUACAUGUAAAAUCUAUAUCAGAUUGCUUGCUGAUUUGAAGAGGGAGGAAGAAAAAAUUGGAACUUAAAAUCUUACAAAAGUGAAUGUUGAAAAUCAUCUUUACAUAUAAUUGAAAAAAUAAAAUAAUAUUGAAAUUUGAAAGAAAAAAUCAUGAGAGAAUAUGGAAUACUUAACUACUUAGUGAUGCAGUGGAUGGGAGGGCCUCCCAUUACAAGAGCCACAUGGUCAAAUUCGGUAAUUACCUUUCCUUGUAUGACACAAUACAAUACCCCUUUGAUGUGGUUAAAUGAUGCAGGAUGCUAUUCAUUGACUGUGUAACCUGAAUCCUGCCUUCCUGUAUAGCUAUAUAAGGAUAUAAUAUUUCCCCCAAAAGUUGAAACUGCUGGUAUCUUCUUUGUAAGUUCUAAGCCUUUUUUCCUUAGUCUUGCUCUCCAGCUCUUUAGAUACCUAAUUUGUGGACCUGCUAGUAGAUAAGAUUGUCCCAAGGACCUCAUUCAUCAAGGUGUCAGAUGUGAGAUGAUUGGAACUUCUCUCACAGCAGUGGAACCAGCCAUCACUCAGGACCACUGAGGUUCAUCACAAGGAGAACCAAAGCAUCAAAGGCUGAUCCAGACGACCUUCUCUGACACAGGAUCCAUCUCAGGACAAAGUAUACAUCAGGGUCCCCCAGUGGAAGGCUGACUUGUGUCUGAGGCAUGAUGGUGAAUCACUUACCUCGUAGAAAAGACUCUUUGAAUUGGUUUCACUGAAUUUGUGGUCUUUUAUAUAGAUAUCUUGAAAAAACAUUCUGACUAGGGCCUGGAAUAAUGACUGAGGUGUGACGAGUCAGAGGAAAAGAAUGGAAGAAGGUGGCCCUUACAUCGACGCCCUCAGAAGCGUUGCCCCUGCCGCCCAUGGCCGCGGAGCGAGAUACUCGGAAGCCUGGGAGUACUUUCACCUGCCCCUGGCCCACUCCGGCCUCCCCGCCAGUCAGUACGCCACCUGCCGGCUGUGUGGGAAGCAGGUCAGCCGGGGCCCGGGCUUCAACGUGGGAACUACGGCUCUGUGGAAGCACCUGAAGAGCAUGCAUAAGCAGGAGCUGGAAAAGAGCGGGCCCCGGCAGCCUGGCCUUCGCCCCGAAGCCCCGCUGCCGCCCCUGCCGCCCUCCCCGCCCGGCGUGGAGGGGGACUGGGGGCGCCUGAUGGAGCAGAUGGGAGCGCUGGCCUUGCGGGCGAGCCAGCGGGAGAGGGAGCUGGAGAAGCGGGAGCGGGCCGUGGAGCGGAGAGAGAGGGUCCUGGAGUUACGGAAGAGGGCCAUUGAGGAGGAGGAGAAGGAGUUGUCGGAGAAGAGGCAGGAGCUGCAGGCCGAGAAGGAGGAGCUGCGCGCCCGGCUCCUGCUAGUUUGCCAGAGGGAGAGCGCUUUGGCCCUGGCCACCGCCCCUCUGGCCACCCUCGUCAAGGAGGAGCAGGAGGACCGCGGCGAGGGCUGCUUCGUCCCCAAAGUCCUUUUCUAGACUGAGCGCAUCCCGGGGCGGGACCCUUCUAACUUCUCCCUGCUGGUUUCAAGGUCCGGACCUACCCCUUUCCCGCUGUGGCUGAUCCCAGUCUCGCAGACUCUGCCGAGCCCAUCACGGCCCCGCUGCCCCGCAGUCUCCAUUCCUAGGGCCCCCGAGUCUGAUAAGUGAGAUUUUUGCCUUCAUGUGAGGCCUUCUCCUCCCUGCCCACCUUUAAGUGCUGUGAUACUCUACUUCCUUGACUGUAUAUACCCGCGAUACUUAGCACACGGCCUGGCAUGUAAUAAAUGCUUAGCAAAUGUCUUAUCGAUGGAAGAUAUGGUACAACUCCCGCAUAGGGAGGCGUCCGUCUGAGAUAGAGCCCGGGAAUAGUAGUAGGAAAUGGCCCUUUCUGAGUCCUGAACCCAGAGCACCACUUAACUUCUGUUUGUCUGGUGAAGGAAACGGCAGAUUUUCUCCACACCUAGCCAGUGUUCUGAUAUGGUCCAAGGAGUCACAAAGAAUCAUAUCCACGAACAACAUUAAAUGGCCACUGACGUGUUUAGCACUGGGGUUACAAAGACAAAAAUAAAAUAUUCCACCUGUCUGAGAACUUACUCCAUCAGGAAGAAAUGAGCUCCUGUUAUUCCUUAGCUAAUCUUAGCUUGGAUCCUAUGCGCGCCUUCAUUUUACAUGAAUAUGUCCAAUAAAUAUCUUUUGACAUUUCAAUCUUUUCUACUUUCUCUUUCCAUGUACAAAUGCAUUCAACUUAUCUUUAUGCCAAAGAAAAUUCUCAAUUUUGAUAAUUGCCAUAGGUAAUAAUAUAUACCUCUUUCUUCCUUCCUUUCACUGCCAAACUUCUUGAAAGAAUAUUCUGUAUUUUUUGGGUGCCUCUACUUUUUUUCCAUUCUAAAAUCCCUUGAAAUCCAGUAUCCAUCCUUUCUGUAAUGUCUUUUACAUAUAUCUUCUCUUUUCCAUUAUGGCUAUUGCUACUAUAGGUCUCACCUUUUUCCCCACUGUUGCCUAGGCCAUUGCCUUCUAAAAAAUCUCUCAGCCUUCAAUCUUUCUACUUCACUUUAAGCUACCUAUGCAUUGCUGUCGAAGAAAUUGUAUUAACGUAAUGUCAUUUCACAUGGUUCUCUCCAUUACCUCCUAGAUAAAGUCCAAAAUUGGUGUUCCUGGCUUUAAUGACUCUCUGAAAUCUGAUCCCCCAAUUUUCCAGCAAUGUAAACAACAAUGUAAACUUGAAGGAAGGGAUUAUUUUUUUAUAUCCCAAGGGCCUAGCAUGAUCCCUGGUACACAGGAGAUAUGAAGUAAGUGCUGAAUGAAUGAAUACUACUCUCCUCCACAUGCCUUGUGCUUUAGUGAAAUUGGACUAUUUACUAUUCAUAAAAGGACCCUUGCUUUCAUGAGAAGACAGCUUCUAGAGACCACCUGUCUCCUUGGCAGUGGGCUUACCAGUUAUGAUUUUAAGUAAUCCCAUUGGAUCUCAUUUUCUUACUCUAAAAAAUCAGGAGGUUGGGGCACCAGUCCUGAAGUUAGGAGAACCUGAGUCCAAAUCUGGCCUAAGACACUUAACACUAUCUAGUUAUGUGACCUUGGGCAAGUCACUUAACCCUGAUUGCCUUAGCCAAAAAAAAAAAAAAAUCAGAAGGUUGAACUGCUCAGGGGUUCUUAAUCCUUUUGGUAUUAGAGAUCCCUUUGGCAGUGUAAUAACAUCUAUAGAUCCCUUAUUAGGACAUUGUUUUUAAAUAGGGUUACAAGGAAAACCAAUUAUAUGAAGUAUAAUUAUCAAAAUUUUGGGGAAAAUAUUUAUGGACCACAGAUCAAGAACCCCUGCUUCCUUUCACCUUCAGAUUUUAUGAUCCUAUGACUAAACUAAGGACCAUCCCAGCUAAAUAUUGAGAGGUUCAUCUCUAGAUUGGCCACUCAUUUAUGAUUUGUUUGGUUAAGCAGCAUAUAAGAACUAAUGCUAGGAGUGGAAGGAGAGCCCACUUACACAAAUGGAAUCAUAGACUUUUCAAAUACUGUAGGACUGAAAUUUGCACACAUUUUUAGAGAUUUUAGUUAGAUAUAAACCUGACAGUUUUUCCAAGAUAGCUUCCACAUGUCAAUAAUGAAUUUUAAAUAAAUCAGUAAUAAAAUUUAAAAGCUGUUUAAGUAAAUCCAAGAAAAUUAACAAAUUAUCAACAUUUCUGCCUGUUCACUUUACUGUUCUACAAAUUUUGUCCUUUCCCACUGAUGAGGGAAUGCUGAGGUUUAUUUAAAGCCCUUUACAAUCUACCUUUCCAGUCUUAUUACACAUUACUGCUUUGCCUGUAUCCUGUAGCCCAGUCUACCUGACCUUUUGGCUGUUACACAUGCACAGUUCUAAUGUUUCCUUGUUUUCACACAAGCUGUCCCUCAGGCUUGGAAUGUAUUCUCUCAUUUCUGUAUUAUAGAGUCCCUAGUUUUUUCCCAGGUCCAUUUUAAGAGCUACUACCUAAAUAAAGCUAUCUCUUAUUCUA